UUUGGCGCACUGAAGUGCACCGGGUCCCUUAGCCCGGCGCAGAGCGCGCAGCCCAGGCUGAGAUCCGCGGCUCCUGUGGAAGUGAGCAUGGCUGGGCAGUGCGUGCUGCUUCUAGUGGGGUUCCUUCUCCCUGGGGUCCUGCUCUCAGAGGCCGCCAAAAUCCUGACAAUAUCUACAGUAGGUGGAAGCCAUCAUCUACUGAUGGAUCGGGUAUCUCAGAUUCUUCAAGAACAUGGUCAUAACGUCACCAUGCUUAACCACAAAAGAGGUCCUUUUAUGCCAGAUUUUAAAAAGGAGGAAAAAUCAUACCAAGUUAUCAGUUGGCUUGCACCUGAAGAUCAUCUAAGAGAAUUUAAGAAGAGUUUCAAUUUUUUUCUGGAAGAAACUUUAUGUGGAAGAGAAAAAUUCGAAAACUUAUUAAACAUUCUAGACUACUUGGCGUUGCAGUGCAGUCAUUUUUUAAGGAGAAGGGAUAUCAUGGAUUCCUUAAGGAAUGAGAACUUCGACAUGGUGGUAGUUGAAACUUUUGACUACUGUCCUUUCCUGAUUGCUGAGAAGCUUGAGAAGCCAUUUGUGGCCAUUCUUCCCACCUCAUUCAGCUCUUUGGAAUUUGGGCUACCAAGCCCUUUGUCUUAUGUGCCAGUCUUCCAUUCCUUUCUGACUGAUCACAUGGACUUCUGGGGCCGAGUGAAGAAUGUUCUGAUGUUCUUUAGUUUCUGCAGGAGACAAUGGCACAAGCAGUCUACAUUUGACAACACCAUCAAGGAGCAUUUCACAGAAGGCUCUAGGCCGGUUUUGUCUCAUCUUCUAUUGAAAGCAGAGUUGUGGUUUGUUAACUCUGACUUUGCCUUUGAUUUUGCCCGGCCCCUGCUUCCCAACACUGUUUAUGUUGGGGGCUUGAUGGAAAAACCUAUUAAACCAGUUCCACAAGACUUGGAGAGCUUCAUUGCCAAGUUUGGGGACUCUGGUUUUGUCCUUGUGACCUUGGGCUCCAUGGUGAACACCUGUCAGAAUCGAGAAAUCUUCGAGGAGAUGAACAAUGCCUUUGCCCACGUACCCCAAGGGGUGAUAUGGAAGUGUCAGUGUUCUCAUUUGCCUGAAGAUGUCCACCUGGCUGCAAAUGUGAAAAUUGUGGACUGGCUUCCUCAGAGUGACCUCCUGGCUCACCCCAGCAUCCGUCUAUUUGUCACUCAUGGUGGGCAGAAUAGCAUAAUGGAGGCCAUCCUACAUGGUGUGCCCAUGGUGGGGAUCCCUGUCUUUGGAGACCAGCCUGAAAACAUGAUCCGAGUAGAAGCCAAAAAGUUUGGUGUUUCUAUUCCAUUAAAGAAGCUCAAGGCAGAGACACUGGCUCUGAAGAUGAAACAAAUCAUGGAAGACAAGAGGUACAAAUCCGCAGCAGUGGCUGCCAGCGUCAUCCUGCGUUCCCACCCGCUCAGCCCCGCACAGCGGCUAGUGGGCUGGAUUGACCAUGUCCUCCAAACAGGCGGGGCGGCGCACCUCAAGCCCUAUGUCUUCCAGCAGCCCUGGCAUGAACAAUACCUGCUUGAUGUAUUUGUGUUCCUGCUAGGGCUCACUCUGGGCACUCUGUGGCUUUGUAGGGGGCUGCUGCGCAUGGCUGUCUGGUGGCUGCGUGGGGCCAGAAAGGUGAAGGAGACAUAGGCCAGGUACAGCCUUGGCGGGGUCUGUUUGGUGGGAGAUGUCACCAUUUCUAGGGGGCUCCCCACUAGUUUUGGCAGCCCUGUUCUCCAGUCCUUCUGGUUAGCUCCUGUUUUCUUGAAGAACAGGAAAAACGGCCAAAAAUCAUCAUCUCCACUUGCAAAUUUUGCUACAAAUUCCUCCUCGGUAGCUCCGGCCUGUUAGCAGAAUUCUUUCCUGUCCUCUUGUCCUCCUUUAUUUGCCAUCAGCGAGGGCUGUGCUGUGAUUCUGUCUCUGAGUGACUGGGACCACUGACCUUCAGAUUUCCAGCCUUAAAAUCCGCCUUCCUUCUCAUGCUCCUCUGCCUCUCUGAAUCACAACUUCACCAUUCCAGCCUCCAUGUCCAGAUCUUCUCAGUCUCUUUCCAUCACUUCUGCCCCUACCAUCAGUCACGGAAUAACAUCCAAGAAAGUCGCCUUGCAUAUCCUUUCAGUUUGUGUUUGCUUCUCCCGCAUAUUCUCUUCAAUGCUCUGGAAGCCUGCCCUAUGCUUGUGAGUUCAGGGCCAGACACACUUGCAGGUCUCCACACUGGGUCCCUGUCUCUGGUGCCCACAGAGAACUCCUUCUUUGCUGAUCAGGCAUGGAGACUAUAGGUUUCCAGAUUGCCCGAAAAGUAAAAUUUUACAGCCUUGUCUCUCCACAGCCUCACUAA